GUGUCCUCGCCGUGUGUGCUUAUUUAAGUGGAAAUUUUUAGUAAUUCUUAAUUUGGAAGCUAAACACAAUUUUGGAUUUUUGAGAGAAAGCCAGAAUGUCUACAGCUCCCUGUAUAACAGACGGCACAAGCAUAUGCACACGAAAGGAUAUCGAGAUUGCUGUUACCAACACUGAGGGAAGAGAGAGGAAAGUCCUACAAAACGACGAGGCAAUAGGGCCAUAUAUUCUCAAAGCUCAAAUUAGGGACAAUUGUCAAUGCUAUCCUAUAUCUAUUUCUGAUUCAAAACUGAUUCAUACUCCUUCCAAUUCGAACUUGAACCAUCAUGGACAAAGAAAUAUAUUAAUGCAGUCUAACUCAACCAACAACAUCCAUUUUAAAACGAAGGUUCAACAGAACUUACAAGUGGAUAACCACUUGGAUAAAAUGUCAGUUCGAUCAGUCAGUUCAGAGGAUGUUUCGACAGCAGUGGAGGGAAAGUGCUGUAGCGCUGCAGCACGUAAUCCGGCAAUCAAAACUGGACGACGUAUUCAAUUAAUGCAAAUGAUAAUUUUACCAUUUAUUCCAAUACUGGCAUUGAUUGUUCAAACAUCUGUUAUUCUCCAAGAAAUUCUCGACUACAGGGCAGAAGUGGCCGAUAUCGAAACUCAGGUAACAAUAGCUACAAGCUUGGGGAAAGUGGUGACGCGCUUGCAGCUGGAGCGAUCGGAAGUAUCUUUUUAUAUUUUUACAAAUGGCAGUAGAGAGCGAUCAAACUUAACGCAAAGAUUCACUGUAACCGACAACGCAUUGAACAAUCUAACAACAUGGAACGAAGUGAGUGUACCCACAUUACCAGACGAAGAUGAAGAUAAUGUUGAAGUAAUGCUUAACCAGACAGAGUUCCAAAACCGUUUAAAUGAGUUCAGAGAUCGAGUACGAUCGGAGCCGGAAGACAGUUCAAUAACGGAUGUUAUGAACUGGUAUACAGCGAUCAAUCGAGCUCUGUUGCAUCACCUUACCGAACAAAUAAAAGAAACGGAUAACAGUGGCGUUUGGCGCUAUCUCAUUGGUUUCAAAAAUCUGUUAAAGAGUAUUGAGUGCCAAAACAUUGCGGCUUCCUUUGGAAUCAAAUACUAUGGACGGGGGCAUUUGGGCUUAGAUGCGUUUGUUUCCUUUAUACGCUACGAAUUUUUAUCACGUGAGCUUAUCAAUUCUACUUUGAAUUAUGUCCCCAGCUUGAGGCCAAUGUACUUGAACAUAACAAGGACUGAUAAAUACAAGAAACUAAAAGCAAUGAACGUAAAUGUUUUGAAAAAUAUUCGAAAUGCGUCGGAUGAACGGAGUGCGAUACAAUACUAUGACGCCAUGCACAAUUUUACAGAUGACUUGCGGAUACUUCAAAAGGCUCUGCGAUUAAAAAUUAAAGAAUAUGUCGAUACAACCCUUUCUGAAGCUGCGAACAAGGAGGCGGUUGGCAUUGCUAUCCUGGUCGUCGUUCUAUGUGUGUCUCCUAUUAUCAUUAUUUUGGUUAAGAAUGCUGCUGCUACUAUACAGAUGUACGCAGUGAAUUUAGCCCAAAAAGCCAGAGAACUGAAAAGAGAAAAACGUAAAAGUGACUCGCUGCUUUUUCAAAUGUUGCCGCCGAGUGUUGCAAUGCAGCUGAAACAGACCCAACAGGUGCCCGCUGAAAUGUACGAAGCUGUAACUGUUUACUUCAGCGACAUCGUGGGCUUUACGGAGAUAGCUGCAAGAUGUACACCAUUGGAGGUGGUUACCUUCCUUAACUCGAUAUAUCGUGUUUUUGAUGAACGCAUUGAAUGCUAUGACGUUUAUAAAGUAGAAACAAUUGGGGACUCAUACAUGGUCGCAUCCGGACUACCAGUGAAAAAUGGCGAGAAACAUGUUUCGGAAAUUGCCACAAUGGCGCUUGAUUUACUAGACGCAUCAUCUUUUUUCAAAAUUCCGCGGUCAACAGGCACUUUGCAAAUCCGCUGCGGUAUCCACACUGGCCCUGUGGUAGCAGGAAUUGUCGGAACCAAAAUGCCGCGAUAUUGUCUUUUUGGAGAUACUGUAAACACUGCGUCACGAAUGGAGUCUACUGGUGAGUCCCACAAAAUUCACAUCACGGACGAAAUGAAUGAAGCACUGCACAGGAUUGGUGGCUUUCGUACAGAGCAUCGUGGACUUAUUGAUGUAAAGGGUAAGGGUCUGAUGAGCACGUAUUGGCUAACUUGCAAGGAUGGGCCAGUGAAGAUACGCGGUGAGGAGAUCUCCUGGUUUGCUGACAUGCAGCCAGUGUUUUUGGAAAAACUGAAAUCAGAUCCCCUGAUAAAAAGCGGUGGAAGUAAGCGGAAAUAAGG